AUGGCCCCGAAAGAGGACAUGCUGCCCCCGGGCUGGGAGGAUCUAGACAGGCAAAUGGGCCAGCUCUUUAUGAUGGGCUUCGAUGGUACCUCAGUCAGUCCAGAGAUCCGUUCGCUCAUCGAAGAUUACCAUCUGGGUUCCAUCCUGCUAUCCGCUAAAAAUCUUAAAUCUGCCGAAGAGGCAACUCGGCUGGUCCUUGAGCUGCAAACCAUUGCCCGUAAUGCCGGUCACCCUGUGCCAUUACUGAUCGCUUUAGAUCAAGAAAAUGGCGGGGUGAACAGCCUAUAUGAUGAAAUAUACGUGCGUCAGUUCCCAAGCGCCAUGGGCAUGGCUGCGACGGGAUCAAAGGCAUUGGCCCACGAGGUCGCAGUGGCCACCGCCCAAGAGCUCAAAGCCGUUGGGGUCAAUUGGAUCUUAGGCCCGGUUUUGGAUGUCUUAACCAACGUGCGGAAUCAACCACUUGGCGUGCGCACCAGCGGAGAUGAUCCCCAGGAGGCUUCCCAGUAUGGGGUCCAAUUUAUGAAGGGGUAUCAAGAAGCAGGGCUGGUCACCUGCGGCAAGCAUUUCCCUUCUUAUGGUAACCUGGAAUUCCUGGGCUCCCACGCAGAUGUUCCAAUUAUCACAGAAUCCCUGGAGCAACUAAGCCUGAGUGCAUUGGUUCCCUUUCGCAAUGCCAUUAUGCAUGGCCUCGAUGCUAUGAUGGUGGGCGGCGUGUCCAUAUCAUCGGCAGGGAUGAAUGUCAUGCACGCUUGCCUAAGUGAUCAAGUGGUAGAUGAUCUCUUGCGAAAGGAUCUCAAAUUCAAAGGGGUUGUUGUUUCAGAAUGUCUAGAGAUGGAAGCCCUGACUCACAACAUCGGCGUUGGGGGCGGCACGGUAAUGGCCAAAAACGCUGGUUGCGAUGUUAUCCUGCUUUGCCGGUCGUUCCCCGUGCAGCAAGAGGCAAUCAAUGGACUGAAGCUAGGCGUGGAAAAUGGCAUCAUUGGCCGUUCGCGGAUCAGGCAGUCAUUACUUCGUGUGCUGAACCUGAAAACACGCUGCACCUCCUGGGAACAGGCGUUGAAUCCUCCCGGUCUCUUGUCCCUCACGCAGAUGCAACCCUCGCACACCAACCUCUCAACGCGGGCCUAUAACAACUCAAUCACUGUCAUGCGAGACGAAAAUAGUCUGCUACCGCUUUCUAACGUUGUCGAUGCUGACGAAGAGCUUUUGCUUCUGACACCUCUAGUGAAGCCACUGGCGGCAUCUGCGGUGACUCUGUCCACAAAUGAAUCUAUGCACGACUCUCUUGACCCGGCAGCUUCAUUGAAUCGAACUGCCUCGGUCGUAAGUGGCGAAAGUGUCUUCAAAGAGCUGGGGAGAUCCCUUUCUCGACAACGGAAUGGGCGGGUGCUACAUACCUCCUAUACAGCCCAUGGAGUGCGCCCCAUCCACGAAGACCUCAUCAAACGAGCUAGUGCCGUGAUUGUGAUCACGGCAGAUGCCAACCGCAAUAUAUAUCAACAAGCCUUCUCCAAACACAUCUCCUUGCUCUGCAAAUCCCAGUACUCUCUAUCUGGUGAACGUUAUGAGAAGCCCCUAGUCGUGGUCGCUGUCAGUUCACCAUACGAUUUUGUCACGGAUUCUUCCAUAGGCACUUACAUAUGCACCUACGAUUUCACCGAGACUGCAUUGCAGACUUUGGUCAAAGUUUUGUACGGCGACUUGACACCAACCGGGUGUCUGCCAGGCUCCAUCAGCCGGAGCCAGAAAAUUCACCAGUCCCGUCAGCAUUGGCUGGUAGAAAAUUGGAACGAGGAUCGAGAUACCCAUGCUCUAGAUGCACUGUUAGACAUCGUCCGCGAAGACUGUCCAAAGGGCCAGCAGUCAGAGCUCCUCGGUGUAACGUCCAACAGCUUCCUUCUUCGGAAAGAGGACAUUGACGAAGCUCAUUUUGUGGUUCGCAACAGCAGCACACAGGCAUUAUAUGGAUUUUGUGCAACCUAUUUCUUCCGGUCGACCGGUACUGGAGUCAUAGGAUGCUUAAUCGUUGAUCCGUCGCGACGACAAUUGUCCAUCGGGCAUUCUCUGCAUAGCCGUGCGAUCCGUACUCUGCUUCAGCGAAAGGGAAUGAAACGCUUCCAGCUUGGGUCGAGACUCCCGGGGAUCUAUCUGGGUAUUCCUACCGUAAACUCUGUUGAGCGCAAGCGGCUGCGACAAUGGUUUGCAAACCUUGGAUGGAACACGGCGCUCUCUCGCCCAGUCUGUAGUGUGGUCCUGCGCAAUCUGGGCACCUGGACCCCACCAGAUGGACUCACCGUGGCGUUGAAGAACGCUGCGGUGAACUAUGACCUGGUCUACGGAUGGGACUAUGCCCGUGAGAUUCUCGAUCACAUAAAAGCCAAUGCGCGGCAAGGGGUCACCGACAUCUACCGCAUCGCGCUCGGGGGCGCCCCGAACUGUGGCAUUAUCCGAGCCAAGCGACCGUCGGACGAGAUGAUUCUAGGCAGCAUCGUGAUCUACAAUGAACGCUCGGCGUUGGCGGAGCAUAUGCCCGCCCUACGCACCACUCGAGGCCCGGUCGGGGGAAUCUCGUCGCCCGUGAUUUCCCCCUGUGCGGACGAUUAUUCGAUUGUCAUGCAGGGGCUGAUCCUGUUGGCUAUUAAACAGAUCCAGAAACUGAGUGCGCAGGGCGUGGUGAUGGACUGUGUGGAUGGUGAUGGUAACUUUGAUUGCAUUUCCUCCUUGGGCUUUAGUAUGCUCCAUAGUUUUGAGGAAGUCAACUGCGACGCGAGCACUUGGACAAUGAUGCAUCCGUCCUAA